AUGAAAAUAAAAUGUGUCCCGCUGUCGCAUCGCGAUAUUCGCCCUAUCCUGGAUCUACGUGCUCUGAACAAAUAUCUCAGGAAAUACAAGUUCAGGAUGCUAACGCAUGCAUCCCUGCUGCGCCUUGUGCGACAGAGCGAUUGGUUCACUUCUGUCGAUCUGAAAGACGCGUAUUUCCACAUCCCGAUCUAUCCUCCCCGCAGAAAGUAUCUGAGGUUUGCUUUCCAGGGGAUCUGUUACGAGUACCGAGUGCUCCCUUUCGGUCUGUCCUUCUCAUACGACACCUACCCGAGGGUGUUUGUGCGGUGCACGGAAGCGGCAAUAGCCCCACUGAGACGGCAGGUCAUCCGCUUGGCCACAUACCUGGACGAUUGGCUGUUGUUGGCACAAUCGGAGCAGGAGGCCAGGGCGCACACGCGUAUUCUCAUACGACACCUAGUCGAUCUGGGUUUCGUGAUAAACGCGGAAAAGAGCAUGCUGUCUCCGGCACAGGGCGUAAUCUUUCUGGGAUUAUCCCUGGAUUCGGUGACUUUCACAGCGCGCCUCUCGGCGGACCGAGUGAAAGCUUUCAGGGCAUGUCUCGCGCUUUUUCAGCCGGGAAAAUCUGUUCAAUUCAGAUUGUGUCUUCGGUUACUCGGGCUGAUGGCCUCUGCCAUUCUUGUAGUCCAUCUCGGCCGCCUCCGCAUGAGGGAAUUCCAGUUUUGGGUGGCCUCAUGCGGGCUGGAUCCCGUGCGUCAUGGCGCACGGAGAGUGUUGGUCACACCGGGGUGCGCCAGGGCGCUGCGCCACUGGCGAGCCCCGUCCUUUCUGACCCACGGGGUGCCCAUGGGCUCCGUCCUGUCCAGGAAGGUGGUCACUACGGACGCCAGCCUGACAGGUUGGGGCGGGAUUCACGAGGGCCGGUCUGUGAGGGGCCGCUGGGGUGUGGACCUCCAGCGGUCUCACAUAAACUUUCUGGAACUUUCAGCGGUGUUCCUCUCCCUGAAACAUUUCCUUCCAUCUCUCAUGGGUCAUCAUGUCCUGGUGAGGACGGACAAUACGACGACGGUGGCGUACAUCAACCGUCAAGGGGGAUUACGCUCCCGUCAGUUGUACAUGCUGGCACGCAGACUAAUCCUGUGGAGCUGCGGUCGUCUUCUGAACACGGGCGCAGACCUGUUGUCCAGGGGCGCGCCGGUAUACGGGGAGUGGUCUCUGCACCCAGAGAUUGUGGAACAGAUAUGGGCCCGUUUCGCGGAUCUGUUCGUGUCGAGAGAGAACGCACAGUGCGCGCUGUUCUACUCUCUGCGCAGCAUGGAUGCUCCCCUCGGCGUAGACGCACUAGUGCACGCCUGGCCGCGCGAGCGUCUUUACGCAUUCCCUCCCCUGGCCUUGAUACCCCCCACUCUGUCCAGAGUGAGGGAGCACGGCCACGCACUGAUUUUGAUAGCUCCGCAUUGGCCUGCGAUGCAUUGGCUGGCGGAGAUAUAUCAGUUGCUGUGCGCUCAGCCCUGGCAGCUCCCGCUGCGCAGGGACCUGCUAUCGCAAGGAGGGGGGGCGGUCUUCCACCCGCACCCAGAGCGCCUGGCUCUGUGGGCUUGGCCCCUGAGUGGCUAA